AUGGGUAGGUUGCACGAAUAUCAAGUAGUUGGUCGUAAAUUGCCAAGUCCAAAGGAUCCCGUUCCAAGACUCUAUCGUAUGAGACUUUUCGCGCCCAAUGAGGUUGUCGGGAAAAGUAGAUUCUGGUAUUUUUUGACAAAGUUGAAGAAAAUCAAGAAAGCUGCCGGCGAGAUCGUUUCCAUCAAUGAGAUUUUCGAGAAAAGACCACUGAAGAUUAAGAAUUAUGGCAUAUGGCUCCGUUAUGACUCUCGCUCUGGUACUCAUAACAUGUAUAAGGAAUAUCGAGAGUUAACCAGAACAGAUGCUGUUUCUUCCGCCUAUCAAGACAUGGCUGCUCGCCACCGUGCCAGAUUUUCUUCCAUUCAAAUUAUACGUGUUGCCGAAUUGAAAACCUCUCAGGUGAGGCGUCCUUACAUUAGGCAACUCAUUGAACCCGAUCUUAAGUUUCCACUCCCUCAUCGG